AUGAAUAUAUCAAGUAGAAAUAUGAAAUUCAACAGAAAACAACAUAUUAGAAAUGUUAAGAAAAUACAGAAAAAUGAUGAAAUUUUUCUUACAAAACUGCCUGAUCUGAAAGAUCAGAAAUAUGUUGAUAUAUUUAGAGAAAAGCAAGAAUAUGCAACUAGAGUAAAUAUUAAUGAAAUACCUCCAAUAGAAUUAAAUUUAAAAAAUGGAAUAAAAGAAAGUAAAAUACCAAUUAGAAAUACUGAAUGGGAAAGUUCUGCACUAGUAAUAACUAAAAAAGAUGGAACAAAGAAUAUUGCAAUAAAUUAUAGAAAUAUAAAUAAAUACUUAGAGCAAUAUAAAGAACUAUUACCAGACUCCAAACAAAUGUUGCAAACUAAUAAUAAAUCCAAGGCUCAAAUAAAAUUAAUAGAGAUGUUAAGAUGCUUAAAAAAAGCAGGCCUGAAAAUCAAACUAUCAAAAUGCAAAUUUCUCAUUCAAGAAACAAUUAUAUUAAAUUGUAAAGUGUCAUAUGGAAAAAUUAGAAAAAAUGUUUUAAAGAUUAAGAAAAUAGAUAAAUUUACUACUUCUAAAAACAAAACAGAGUUGCAAAGAUUCCUAGGAUUUAUGAAUUAUUUUAGAUCCUUUAUUCUAGAUUUUGCAAAAGUAGCAACACUAUUAUAUGGAUUAGUAGAAACAGCAGAAUUUAAUUGGACUAAUGAUUGCCAAAAAGCAAUGAAAGAACUUAAACAAUAA